AUGGACGGCAGACAAGAGAAGGAGAAACAUCCAAUAAUAACACCAGCACCGCCACAACCACCACCAUACCAAAGCCAAGUUCCCUCUCCUUCUUCCUCUUCCCACUCAAGCGGCGGCUGCACCACCCCUCCGACCAACGCCGCCGCUGCCCACAGUAGCAAAAGCAGCAGCGAGGGCCGGACUCGGAAGUGCAAGGGCAAGGGUGGCCCAGACAACAACAAAUUCAGAUACAGAGGUGUAAGGCAGCGCAGCUGGGGCAAAUGGGUCGCCGAGAUAAGAGAGCCAAGGAAGAGGACGAGGAAGUGGUUGGGGACCUUCUCCACCGCAGAGGACGCCGCUCGAGCCUACGACCGAGCCGCCACCGUGCUGUACGGACCUAGGGCUCAGCUCAACCUCGGCCCUUCUCCUUGCCAGAGGUCCGCCGCAGAGUCCACCUCCACUUCCACCACCACCACCACUCUCAGACCCAUCCUCCCUAAGCCUUCUCCUUACCACCAUCCCUUCAACUUCCACCACAAUGCUUCCCCUUCUCCUUGCAUGUUGCCACAUUUGCAGUGUACUGUUAACCAGUAUUAUCCAAUGGCUUCCUCCACAACUGAGCCUUACAUUCCUUUGCUUCAUACAAUUCCUCCUCCCUCAAAUUUGGCUACAGCUUCUUGUACCAACUUUUCCUCUCCUUUUCCUGCUCCUCCUCCGCCUCCUGCACCUCCUCUUACUACUACUACUCAUACUGCUGCUGCUGCUGCUGCUGCCACUGCUAAUGUGUCUCAACAUCAUAUUCCCUUGCCUCAUUCGUCUUUUUCUUCGAUUACAAGUAUGUACGAGGAGAUCAUUGGCUCCCUUGCCGGAUCGGUUGACUCAAGACUAUCUCUUUCUUCUUCUUCCAGCCCUGCCAUUACUGACAACAGUCCAAAGAUCGAAGGUGGUGGUCUUGCUUCAGAUCUGCCCAACACUCCUGCUUCUCCUGCAGGUGCAAUUCCUCAUUCACCAACAUCGAGCCUGUUGUGGCAUGACUAUGAUAACGCCAGCGUGCUGAACGCAUUACCUCCGAUGGACAGCAACCUCUAUUCACUGUGGGAUGACAGUGGAAAUUUUAUGUUCGAUCUGUGA